CGUUCGUGUAUGACUAGAUGACCACACGUCUAAAUCUUUAUAUCCAGAAAAUGAAAGGUAUAUGAAUUGAUUCGUCUAAACUGUCAAUUGUCAAUUAAAUUAAAAGCUAAAGCUUUUGCUACAAAAAUGAUCUACAAUUAUGAAGACAUUAAUCCCGAAGACCAAGACAGAGAUCAAGAACAGUUGCAGCAGCAAGAACCAAUUAUUCCCAAUUAUGAGGCAGAAUUCGUUAGUGCAAAAACAUUUCUGCAAAGAGUCAGCCCUGACACUGGGGACAAUAUGUAUGACCAUUUAUCGGAUUGUCUGAACAAAAUUCUGGCAGAGAGGCCGGAUAAUGUAAUCGACUUUUUUGAGGAAUAUAGUCGCAAAGUCAAGGAGAGAAGACACAAGCCUGCAACUGACCAUUUGGAAGAUGUCUACAUUUCUCCGGGUAGAUAUACGCAAGCGAAGAGAUUUAUGCCCUUAUUGAGACCGCCACCACCAACGGACACUAACGUGGACCCGGAAGAUGAAGAACUUGCAGAUAUGUCAAGGAACGACAUGCUUCAACUGUUGUAUUUUUUCGAACAGGCCGGCAUUGGAUUGCCCAAAGCGGAAAUGUUUUGUCUCAUGCUAUCAAUGAAAAAAGUGAUUAAAAAUUUACCAAUUUCAUCCAUUCGCUUUUGGGGUAAAAUACACGGUUUAUACAAGAACUAUUACGUCCUAGAAACUGAGCUUAAAGAGGAAGAAUAUAUGAGAAGAAAUGAGGAACAAAACAAAGAGGAAGAGCAACUCCUAGAGACCGAACCUCCACCACAAAUGUUAGAAGACGUACAACAAGAAGCGCUGAAGGCUUUAGAUCAAGCAGAAGAAGAAGGAGAAGGUGACACGAAACCUCCAUCCAAAGUACCAAGGCCUCUUCCUCCCAUACCUCAAGCAAUUAUUGAGGAAGUUCCUGAACCACCGUCAGAACCUUAUGGAGUUGGAGUAAACAAGAAGGUUUAUUAUGUAACCCACGAACCUGGUUGUGAAUGGGUGGAACUUCCGAAUGUGACACCGAAGCAAAUACGAACUGCGAGACUAAUUAAAAAGUCCUUUACAGGAAAUUUACACCAGGAAAUCAUAACAUGGCCCGCUUUUGACGGCACGGAAAAAGAAUAUUUGAGGGCGCAGAUUGCCCGUAUUUCAGCUGGUACUCAAAUAUCCCCUUUAGGAUUUUACACAUUUGGUGGAGGUGGAGGAGAAGAAGAGGAAGAAGAAGAAGCUGAAGAAGAAGAAAAAGGAGGUGGAUCACCGUCAACGUACAACGAAAAUCCUCGAUUCGAUCCUAUACCGUUUAAUGACAUGACCGAUAAGUCAAUGUCCUUUUGGGUGCAUCAUACCCAGUACAUUUUACCACAGGGAAGAACAUCAUGGUGGAAUCCUUAUCCCAGCGAAGACCUAGGCGAAGAAAUGGGCGAGGAAGAGGAACAAGGGGCAGAAGGCCCCAAAGCUGAACCAGAAACAGGUCCGCCACUACUAACACCUCUUUCAGAAGACGCUUCUCUCGAAGCUGUCCCGCCGUGGUCUGUUCGAUCUUCAUCCAUAUUGACCACAGAAUAUGCUAUAGCCAUUGUUCGAUCAAACUUAUGGCCUGGUGCAUUUUGUUUUUCCAACCAAGGAAAAAUAUUUCAAAACAUUUACAUCGGUUACGGACAUAAAUAUAUAGCACACAAUUUCUCUCCAACUCCGCUACCGCCAGUGGAGCAAGAUUACCCAUUGGGACCGGAAAUCAUGGAAAUGACCGAUCCAACAGGAGCCGAAGAAGAGGAAUGGAGGAUAGCGCAUUUACCAAAACCGAAACCUGAAAAGGCUGCAGCCGAAGAAGAAGCCGAAGAGGAAGAAGAAGAAGACGAAGAUGAAUAGUUUGUCUUGGUUAGAGUAUAUUUAGAAUAUAAGCUUUUCAUUUAUUCACGUAACAGCAUUGCUUGUUCCUUGUUUUUCUUUUACUUAUUUUAUAGACAUUCGAUAAUUAGA